CCCAGCGCGCCCCGCGCGGGCUCCCGGCCGCCCCCUUCGCCUCCUCCCGCCGGUACCGAGCGGCUCGCGGGUGUCGGCGCUGCCCGGUUGCCGCCGCCGCCCUGGCCCCGCCUCCGCCGCCCGCGCCGGGACAUGGACUCCGACUCCUGCGCAUCCCCGUUCGCCCCGGAGGACUUCUCCCCCGCCGCCCGGCGGCACCGCACCGUGGAGGACUUCAACAAGUUCUGCACCUUCGUCCUGGCCUACGCCGGCUACAUCCCGUACCCGCAGGAGGAAACGCCGCUGCGGAACAGCCCCAGCCCCCCCAACAGCACCGGAGGGACGAUUGACAGCGAUAGCUGGGAUCCCCGGUUCAAUGACAUCCCCUCCUCCGUGUCCCUGCCCGCUAAGAACAGGAAGAACUUUAGUCAGCUCAAGCGAGCGAAACCGUACGGUUCCCUGUUCCAGCGGGCGAAACCCGGCAACUUCCUGCCGGAGCGAAAGCAAAUCGAUAAGAUCAGGAAGAAGAAAAAGCUGAAGAGGAGGGAAACGGAGGUGUCCGCGGAGGAGGACUACGAGGAGAAGCUGCUGGAGCUGGAGGCGGAGGACUCUUAUGUAGAGACACCGCUGAGCCCCUCGUCCGAGGGCGACGCGCCGUCGGCGGCCGAGCACUGCUCGGUGUGGGACUCUGACACCCCCUCCAGCGGGUCCUGCCCCGCCGGCGCGCCCGAGCCGGCCGUGCAGAUCCAGAGCGUGGGCAAGCGCACGGUCAUCCGGCAGGGCAAGCAGGUGGUGUUCCGGGACGAGGACGGCACCGGCGAUGACGAGGACAUCAUGGUGGAUUCGGAUGACGACUCGUGGGACCUGGUCACUUGCUUCUGCAUGAAGCCUUUCGCCGGGCGGCCGAUGAUCGAGUGUAACGAGUGCCACACCUGGAUCCACCUCUCCUGCGCCAAAAUCCGCAAGUCGAACGUCCCCGAGGUCUACAUUUGCCAGAAGUGCCGGGACUCCAAGUUUGACAUUCGCCGUUCCAACCGCUCCCGGACGGGCUCGCGCCGGCGCUUUCUGGACUAAGGGGGGGAUUUGGAUGGUGCCGGGGCCGGGGGGGGGGCUCCCCCGAACUGCUGCUGCUCAGGCUGAGGGGCCGCCCGCCGGCCCGCGGUGACAGGGAUGAGGAGAGGCCGAGUGGUCCCAACUGCUGCUAGAUAUGGAUUAGCUCAAGGACAGACCAAGCGGGGUUUUGUCCGGUUACAACUAUGGAUUGGGUGAUGUCGGGGGAAUGUAUAAUACCUUUGCCACGUACGUUUUCUCAUCCCAUCGGGAGACUGCAAACCUCCUCUGUGCUAGGAGGCUCCUCCUCCAAAGAGGGGCGGGAAGAGGAGGAGGGAGUCUGUGUGAAGAGUCUGAAAAGUAAAUGGCCAUGUGUUUUAAUUUCAGUGUAAUAUUAUACCUGCCCGUUUGUUCCGUACGUAUCAGUCUCAGAUAUUCUAAGGCUCUGUAGGGGUGAGUGUUGAUGUGUCCCGAGCUCUGGGCGAUCUGCUGCCUCCUCCCCAGGCUCAGGGAGUUCUGGGAUUUGGCAUCAUCCAAGUGAAAACGGGACUUUGUCCCGCGCCGGGGGCCGGCGCGUUGGAAGGAAGAGAGCAGCCCUUUUCCAUUUGGGAUCAGCAGCAUCGGGUUCCUCCCUAGAAGGUCUCUUCUGAUGGUGCUUUCUCAUGACUUUGUCUUGCAUGAUCAGCUCGAUGGAAGGGGGAGGCAGUUUGCUCCGUUUCCCGGCCCUUUGUUAAACUCUAAGGUGCUGUUUUAGGACGAUGAUGACUCUCCCUUUCCUCAGCCCAGAAUUCAAACAUGGACUGCAAAAGCGGCCGUAGUAAACCUAGAACCUGGCAGGUCUGCUCUGGGACUCGAUCAUUUCCAUCCGAGUACUGCAGCUGAGUUGAAUUUUGUUUUCACUGUUUGUUUUUUGAGACUGGAUUUGUAAUCAAAACCCCCAAAUCUUUAACCUACUGGUUGCAGACGAUACAGAUAAAAGCAAAUGCGGCUCUGCAGGUAGCAAGGUGAAGUGCAAUGAAGAUCCAUCCCCUGUGGGGGAGUCCAGGAGAGCGCUGAGGCCCUUGAUGGGACUUCCUGGGGAUUCCCAAGGGAAUCCUGUUGAGGGAUGUGACGACUUCCUGGGGAUUCCCAAGGGAAUCCUGUUGAGGGAUGUGACGGGGAGUCGGGCUUGUACGUGAGGCUGAGAUGGCAGCGCCGUUCCUCAGUGACCAGCAGUGUGUAUCGAGCAGGGGUCUCGCCAGCACAGAGCCAGGUACCCUCCUCUGAUGUCUGACAUAGAGCUGUGGGCAGAGCAGCACCGUGGUGCCACGGGGUGCCACAGAGCUGACAGCCUGGAGCAGGACGGGAGCUGCACAACGUUCAUCUGUGCUUCUGACCUGCUUCUGCCUCCGAGUCCUGCUCCACCAAGCUGCACCAACUGACUCUGGGUUCUGAAACCAGCUCCAGCUUCUGUAAGAUCUUAAGACCGUGCUAUGGUGCCCUCCAGAAGCUGCUCGGCACCACCGAGGAGUUUGCCAAAGACUUGCCCCCGACUGCUCUUUACAGCCUGAAAAAUAACCAAAGUUCUCGAAUGCUGCCGUUUCACUCUGCCCACAGAAAGGCUUUGGGAGCUCCCGGUCGCGAGCUGCGCAAGGGUUGGACCUGCUCUGAAAGUUGCCAUCUCUGCGUUUACAGCGUGUCUGCAACUCAAGCGGGCCUCUGUGGAACGUGUUCCUGGAGAGAAGAGGCAAACCGCCAAGAGAACUGGCUCUUUCUCACCGAGGUUCGAUACUAACCAAUGUGACUGACUCUUGUUCUGUUACCUUUCCAGAUUUAUCCCCAUAGAUGGUGUCUGACAAGUCCAGCACGUUACAAUAUCAGCAGAGAGAAACAAACAAGUAACAUCUCCAUUCUUUUAGUUGAUCACUUUCAGCCAUGUAUAAUUAUAGUUUAAUUCAGAACUUUAUUUUUUCAUUAAAACUGUUUUAAUGAACCAGGGUUUUUUUUUCUCUUAAACGUGAAACAAGUGAACAAUGCUCCUGUUUUAUUCCGAACUCAGGACUCUGCUGUUAUGAUUUACCCGUGUGUGGAGCAGUUGUGCCGGGUGGCUGCAGGAUGUGACACCUCAAGCGCUCCUCCCUGAGCCAGGUAGGGAUGGGACGUGCUGCAGACACCUCUCAUGUGCUGAUGGGUGUCCCCACCCCUCCUUGGAGCAGUUGUUCCUUGCACAAGCUCUGUUAUAAGGUAGAUUGUGGGUGCAAUGGCCCCUGGUCCUGCUAUGGGGCUGCACUGAGGCCCCCAAACAGCCCAAGGGGUACCAGUGCCACCUCAGCUCCUGUACACGCUCAGCCAGCCACGCUCAGAGCAGCAGCCUUAGCACCAUGGCAAGGGUAAGAUGGCUCAACGCUUUAGAAAUGGCACUGGAUCACAUUAAAAGCCAAUCUCUGGUUGCUUAUAGCUUCCAUUUUAAUUCUAGCUUUAAUUUCGUGCUAAACAGAAGCCCCUGAGGAGCUGCAGCUGUAAAAUGGCAGCUUCUCAGAGAGCAGAAAUGGUGGUAGUGAGAGCAGUGGUUACUCAAGUGGGGCUGUUCUUAGAGUCUCUUUAAAACUGGUAGGGAAUGAGAGGAGGAGGUGGGCUGGAGUGUGUUCAGCAGGAGAGACUGACCCCAGACCUGGCCCCGAGGAGGAGACGGGCAGGAUGGGCCACAGAGUCCACGCGUGGACACAGUUCAGCACCACUCAACAGCUACAGACACUGUGGGGAGGCAAAAAUGGAGCUUGGGCUUAAAGUGCUGCAGAAGAACCCGCUGCAGCAGCUUCAUGGGUGCGGAAGGGCACUCAUGGUACCUGAACGGAGGGGAAAAGCAAGAGCUGAAUCCCUGGGGGCUGAUCUGGCAGGAAAAAACAAUCUAUGUCCUUGUAGUGAUGUUCAGCAGGGCACGGGGCAAGGCCCGUGUUGGUAUUAAUCGGGAGGGAUUUUACUUUAACAAAAGCUGCAAAUUCAGGUGUUCAAAGUACACAGUUAAGGUUCAUCUGUCCCUUGCACAGAGGCUCUGGCUGAAAAGAUGAGCAUGUGUUCCCAGCCCCUUGUUCAGGUGGCUGAAGCAGUUCCUGGCUCUGUUACAGACGGAUGUGCCACCUCCCUUUCUCUGGCAUCCUGCAGUUUGUACCAGAAGAUGCCACUCCAUUACAGGACAGAUCGGCUGGAGCAGGAACAACGUGCUCUGCCCCUCAGAAAUGUUAAUUUUCAAGUGUAGAAACACCAUGGGGCAUGUGAAGUACCAAAGCAGCUUUCAGCAUCACAGCGCUGUCUCUCUACACUUCAGUGCAGACUCUGCAAGCAAACACUUGUAACAGCAGAAACUACCUCAGGAAGCUGUCAGGAACAGGGACAAUUGUUUUAUUGUGCAAACCUUUCUCCUGAGAACACUCCCCACUGUCACUGCUCUGACAGACACGGGGCCAGGCUAAGAUUCCUCUUUGUAAUUAGCAGUAAAUGUGUUGUUGCUAUUUUGCACUUGCUUAUACAAAACACAACUCUCAGUCCUCCUCCUGGGAGUAUUUUGCCAUGUCCUAGCCACUACGGGCUGGCUCUUACUCUUGGCCACACACUUCAUGCAGUGGCAGGACAUGAAAAAGGCUAUUUCUCAUUCCAGUUCAGCUGUUUCACACACAAGCCGUCACAGAGGCCCAUGAGCAGGAUGUGACAGGGUGCUGUUACAUCUACAGAACCCUCGCUUCUCAGGACUUGGUUUGCCAGAGUGUCCUCCAGAUGCAAAGGGAAUGUGGGCUGCGUUUCAGCUGAGUAUAAUUUAUUGCACAUUUUACAUUUGGUUUCAGAUGAACAGAACACUGGUGGUGGGCGAAAUAAAGUCCUGCACCAGGAGCUGGUCACAACUGAAGAGUUUUGUUCUUAAUAAAAACACCUGAACACCC